CUGCUUCCGGGUCAGGGCGGAGUCGAGCAAAGAAGGAGACUAGGGGCCCAUGCAGCCAUGCUCCGCACGCUGAGCGCCUUGGGCGCGGGAGCCCCGUGCCGGCCGCUCACCGUGCUGCUGAUACCCGCGCGUGAACGCAAGACGCGCCACGACCCGCCGGCCAAGUCCAAAGUCGGCCGCGUGAAGACGCCGCCCGCCGUGGACCCUGCAGAGUUCUUCGUGCUGACCGAGCGAUAUCGGCUGUACCGCCAGAUCGUGCGCGCCCUCAGGCUGGAGUUUGUGGCGGAGGUGCGGAGUAAGCUGCAUGAGGCCCGCGCCGGGGUCCUGGCGGAGCGCAAGGCGCUGGAGGAGGCGGCCGAGCACCGGGAGCUGAUGGCCUGGAACCGGGCGGAGAACCGGCGGUUGCACGAGCUGCGGAUAGAGAGGCUGCAGCGGGAGGCGCGGGAACGGGAGCAGUGGCACACGGAGGAGCGGGCGCGCCGCGCGCUAGAGGAGCAGGCCCGGAUGCGGCUCAGGGAGCAGGAAGUGCAGCAGCUGCAGGAAGAGGCGAAAAACUUUAUCACCAGAGAGAACCUGGAGGCACGGGUGGAAGAAGCACUGGACUCCCCAAAGAACUACAACUGGGCCAUCACCAGAGAGGGGCUGGUGGUCAGGCCACAGCAGAAGGGCUCCUAGGGGCCCAGAAGGAACAGUGCCUGCCAAGGGACCACGCGUGCAUGGGGUUGGAGGGCUGGGUCUGGCCUGGGAUGAACCUGGUAUUUCCUACACGGGAAGCUCAGCCUUUUCCAAAGCAGCCCUCCCGUUCUGGCCUCUGCACUCAGCACUUGGUUAGAGACUCCACGCUCAAUGUGCUCUUCUGCCCAUGUCAACCUCUGGACAGCACUAGCCCAUCUCAUGUAGAGUAAGACUGGGCCACAAUCCCUUGGGCAGGCAGACUAUCUUCUCGUUGUCAUUAAGAGCAAUGGUUACCAAAUUACAGACUGCGAGCCAAAUGUGGUUAGCUGCCUGUUUUUGUAAAUAAAGUUUUAUUGAAAUACAGCCA